AUGAGCACCAAUACGUUGAUACGUCAAUGCGAGGCUUUGGCACAGAAGCUGUACAAUCAAUGUCGAGACACAUCAAGUCCGUACAAGACCUUGACAAGCGGCCUUCGUAGACUACGCAAUGUCUUAGGAGACAUUGAUGAAAUCCUGAACGACACAGACGAUCCACGCAGCAGCGACACGAAACUGCAGCCAUGCUUGGUCCAAAGCAAAAGCAUCUUGGAGAAGCUGGACAUGGCGUUGGUGACAUACAAAUGCAUGAGGCAGGUCGAUGUCGACAACGAGGCUGUAGCUGGACUGAAAGCUUCGAUCGAAGAUGUCACCCAAGAACUGGCGAGUGCCCACGAGAAACUCACGCGCACUGGCGAGAUGUCAAUGUCAGCUUGUAGCUGUGUGCUUGUUCGAAAGACGAGCCAGGGCAGCAAAACGUCGAGCUCUUGGUCACUUAUCAAUCGAGACACCCCGUCUGAUGCGAACAGUCUCGAGUCGCAGAGCUUUCCCGUUGCCUCAGUUGACUUCCUCCGCCCAAGCGAUGAGAAGGAAGUGUGCAGGACAAACUGCAGCAGACUCCAACCCUCGGCCUCUGAUACCAGUUUAGGGGGCAAGAGUACAACGGCCUCGUGGCGCUCGAUAUCGCUCGAUCCGCUGUCGCAGCCAAUUGCGGAUGCCUCGAGGAUCAUCAUGAGCAGUGACAGUCCUAUUGAAUCGAAACCUACUGGCGAUCUGAUCGAAUCGACUCUGAGUGCGGCCGGCGACCAGGUCAACCAAUUGCACAAAGAGGAAGCGCCUUUGAGUGACGAAGCUCAACUUUGGCAACGCGUUGAUGCUAUCAUGAACGGCACUCCUAAGGGGAAGAAUCAACGUACACCAGGUAUUCCAAAUUCUGAGCCAUUCGACUCUCCUCGGAGGCACUCAGGAAGCUCGAUGGGCGCUGAUGCUGCAGCUUUCCCGGGCUCUCUGCCUGAUGUGUCAACAGAAGAUAUUGGUGCAGGGCGCCAUACGACAGAGUGCGAUAACACAACAUUAGUACAUUCUCCCGCACAGGAUGCACAUGUCCCGUCCAUCUCGUCCCAUCUUUCCGCCACUAUCAACCCUUCACAAUUUGCAGCAAGGCUACCUCCAUCGCCAAGGACACGACGACGAGAAAUGUACGAGAUCAUGUGUUGCACUGAAGGUCAAGCACUCAGCACUCCAACGAUCGUUCUCCCUGAUUCGCCCGGCACAGAGUCCUGUGAGGAUCUGUACAGCGCAACACCACCAAAGAAAGCACGCCUCGCAGGUACAGAGGAUGCCAGCCUAUACCCUGAUCCCUUGCAGUUGAAAAAGAAGCUUGUCGGCCUGGACUUUGACACCAGAUCCUUCAAUCCAACAUUGGAAUCUCGAUCUAGUCGUCAUCACAGUGCCAUUCCCAACAGAUGUCGACGAAAUUCUACAGGCGUAUUGGCGGAACUAGAGGGCGAACCUGUCCAUCCUCCAACCAGGUCGAGCUCCUGCAGUUCUCUGCCACGAUACGAGAGCGUUGUGGCCAGAUCACGUCCAUUGGGGAGAACGGCGACUCAAGCACGAAUGCCACCGGGAAGACAUCUUAUAGCCGGUAGACGUGUCAGUGCCGCUCCCAGACGAUGCGAAUGCGCUCUGAGGAUGCCCGAAGUAAUAGCGCGAGCUGGUACCACCUGUACCUGUCACUAUCCAGUCGAGAAGACACCUGCGGCCACGAAGCUACCCUCCACUCCCACGUUCAAAUGUCGGCAAAGUGCCGACGAUGCCCUACAAAUUACCAAAAUCAGUCGUCCUCGUCGAAGGGUGCAAUAUGCGAUUCGGAUAUCGAAUAGAACGUGGUAUGAACGAGACCAGGAAGACACGCAUGCUGCUAUAUUGGAUCAGGAACGCAUGAGGCACAUCGUGCACUACUGGAACGAAAGCUCCUGGGACAUCGCCGAGCAGUAUCUCACAGCCCAUCUCGACGAAAUCAACACAGGCUCCCACGGACCCAGCUUUCGCCGUACUCAGCACUUGCUCGGCGUAUGCGCCAGCUUUAGAGGCGAGUGGGACGAGGCAAUCAACCGUUUCAUCAAAGUCCUCCGAAAGCCAAUACGUAGAGUCUCGGACCUGGACGAUGGCGACUGUGCUGCUGCUUACUGUCUGUCAUCCGCUGAGCGGAUGGCCGUCCAACUGGGUGUCUCGAAGAGCGAGUUCAAACGCCACUGGUCGGAAGAAGCUCUCUUGACGAUCGAGAAAGGGGCAGGACCCAGCAUCUUGACAAACGAUGUCAUUGCUAUGGAAACAGCCAGAUCAUGCCUCGAGAAUGGGAGUCAAGAGAAACGCGAUCAAGAAACCCGGGACUUCGCUGAGCUCGUGCGAGCCCGCCAUCUGCAUGCCUUCCUACUCAAAGACAACGACAAGCUAGGCGUCCGCCCAGAACUCAACGAACGCAUGGCCAUGAAGAUCGACGCCGACUGCUUAGAUCCAGACUCACCCUGGCCGAUGCCAUACGACCCCCUAUUCUGCAUGCCCCACGUCCAACGAGGCAGGCUCCUCGCGUACGAAUGCGACAUGCUCAAUGUCUUCGAGACGAACCCAGAAGCCAAGCUCCCCAGGCCCCUGAGUCUCAAACUCGACUGCUUCACUUGCAGUGAUCUGACAUGGUUGAUCACCACCAUCCGAACUUGUCUGACGACCUACGAGAUCGACCACUCCGAAGUCGUCAACGUCCAGGGGACGUGGUUCUGCUGUCGCUAUUCCUUCAUGCAGCACAAGAUCGCGACGACGCAUUACUUCUCGAUCGCAUUGUUCAAACACCCCUUUCGAGGGAGCUAUGGCGCCGAGAUCUGCGCUGAUGAGGGCAUGGGGAGUGCGAGGAUCGUGGAGAGUGCGGGGAAUUAUAAGAAUGGUGUGCAUUGCCAGGAGCCGAAGAGGAUCAAACGGCUUAUUAGGCAUUACUUGGAUGAGGCGGCGAAGCGGGCACAUUCGAAGGAGAGGAGGGCUUCGGGUCAAUCGAGGCCUGUGGGCAGGUUGCCUUCGCAGUAUGAUACUACCUAG